AUGUCGCGCGCCGCUUGGCUGCACAACCUUCUCACUUCUGUUCUUCUGCUCUGUAUUGCUGUGCUUCUCCACCGGGACUACAGUCGCUCCCGCAUCUCUACUCUGGAUCCAAUCCGCGGCAUAGAAGAAGCACGCGGAAUCCUCUUAGACGGUCAACUGUCAGACACCAGCCCCGAUACGCUCCUCCGCAAGGACAACACCAUGUCUGCACCCUCCAACGCCUCUGGUAGCGCACGCCCCAAGGUGCUCCUGGUCAACGACGAUGGCCCGCCCUCCACAUCGUCGCCCCACGUCUUGGGCCUCUACAAGGAGCUCUGUGCGCUCGGCUGGGAUGUGAGCGUGGUGCUGCCUUCGUUCCAAAAGUCGUGGGGAUCGAUGCAGUUCUCGCUCCAAGGUCCCGUCGCCUACUGGUACUACUAUCCGAUCGACGACAAUUUCGACGGCAAGCACGCCGGGACCGCCCAGUCCUGGUCGGCGACUCGUCGACCCAUCGAUCGUGAGCGUGGCGAGAUUGCCGAAUGGAUCCUCAUCGAUGGCUCGCCCACCACGGCUUCCAACUCGGGCCUCUUCAACCAGGACGCCUUCUUUGGCGACACUGCCGCCGAGCGCGAGGCGCCCGCCAGUACCUCGACUCCUUUCGACCUCGUCGUCUCGGGGCCCAACUUUGGCCGCAACACGGGCACCGCCUUUGCGCUCUCGUCGGGAACGCUUGGUGCAGCGCUUGCGGCCUCGCUCGCGGGUGUGCGCAGCAUCGCCGUCUCCUUUGGUCACUUUAUGACCAACCCACCCACGUUUGCCGACCGUUCCAAGGCGCGCGGACCGGGGCUGGAGGCCAGCGAGCUGCGAAAGGUAGCCGCCGAGGCCAACCGCUUCAGCGCCGGCCUCAUCAAGCGUCUCUACGACAACUGGCACAACGAGCCCCAGGUGGGCUGCUACAGCAUCAACGUGCCGCUCUGCGAGACCGUGACCAAGCCCCAGGUCGUGUGGACCCGCAUUUGGGAGAACCGCUACGGUCCGCUUUUCGCCGCCGAGACCACCGCCAACUACCCUGCGCCACCUGCACCUCAACCCGCCACGGCACCUACGCCUCAGAACCUGCUUCACUUUGCGCCCAACAUGGCGUCGCUGCUUGGGCCCAAGCAGCUUCCGGAGGGCACCGAUGUGUGGGCCAUCCUCAAUGGCUACAUUAGCGUCACGCGCCUGCGUCCCAACUUUAUGGAAGUCGAUCACAACGGCCGUGGACUCGGCUUGCCUGCUGGCAACAGCAGCGAUAUGGCACUCGACCCGCAGGUGGCAGGUAGCAAGAGCGAUGCGUCAUCGCAGCCGCCACGGAACCUCGAGGACGGACUCGAAGUGGGAAUGCGCUGGCGCCUGUAA